GUCAUAGGUAACUUGGGAAUCUUAUAUAGAAACAAGUAGUAUUGCCCAGAUGUUUCGAAGUUUCCUAAUAUGGUUAGUUGGCACCGCCUCCGUGAUCACCGGCAGCUCACCUGCACCUGUAGAUGUGAGUCCUGAAUGCGCCGCAUGUCAGUUGUUUGCAGUUGCACUGAAGAAAAAAGCGAUAUCAGGGAAUUCUAAUAACACCAACAUCAAUCCUGUCGCUCAUUGCAUGAAAAUUCCACAAUGUAAGCAGUUGACACACUGUGAGAUAGUAAUAUCACUGAUGCGCGUGCCCACGCGCAAUAUCACUUCCGCAAUAAAACCGCAGUUCCAGAAAGUGCUUUCAUAUCUGCAUGAAGUGGCAGAUCAAUGUGAGAAGGAGCCUCAUGCUACCAUACUCGGCGGAGCUGUACAAGGCGACAAGCCUAGCCCAACGCUUUGUACCAUUUGCUUCUUGGUUUAUAACCUCCUUCAGUAUCUAAACAAUGAAAUCCCCAAACUGCCAUACGUGGAGAUGAUUCCCGACGCGCUUGGCAUGACAUGCGCGAUCAUUGCCGGAAUGCACGAGGAUAUUCCACCACCUGUGUGCGACGCACUACUUGCUGAUGGUGCUCUGUCUGCUCUUCUCAAAGCGAUUGCCGACUCCAUGGGCUCAUUCUAUGACUUGAUCGCUGUUCGAGGAUUGGCAUGUCCCACUUAUCAAACACUCUUCGGUGUCUGUUAGGAACUUUACGAUUGCAUAUGCAAAUACUAACAUCAUCAUUCAGUACAAUAAUUUCUGUCAUGCAUUUCAGAACAGCUACAGGGAAUAAAAGUGAGA